UCAGUUCAUAGGAUUCAUCUCUUUGUGUAGAGCAUUAGUUUGAGUGUGUUACCAUUAUCACUAUUAGUUGCGGCGUGCUGAUUGAUUGAUUGAGUUUUUCGGUUAUUUUUUGACAGAUAACCAUGGAUAACGUGAUGCGUAGUAUACAAAUGUUUCUGCUACUGAUAAUAUGCACGCUGGCUGGAAAGUACAAGGUUAGUCAGGCCCUAAAUGCUGACCCUAACAUCGACCUUAUUGAGAUUCAAGACUUCCAAACCCUACCAAACAUCUGCAACGGCAAAGAGUGCCCCAAGUAUUCAGGUGUGGACGAUGUGCGACUUCCCUCCUCAGUAAAAAUGAGGGACUAUCCGGAAAUGAACUGGAUCUCAUCAAGCAGAUACGAGCCAGUUGAUAAUAGUUGUUUGGAGGGCUCUAAAGCCAUGGUUGAAUACUACGAGGAACUCUACAAUUACUUCAAGGGAGUGAACACUAUGGGUCUGCUUAUGGAGAGGACUGUGCCUAUCAGAAUUAUCGGGCAAAUUGAUCCCGAUACUGAAAAAGUCGUCUAUUGCCACCUGAUGUUCUUCAUCCCUGAUAUGUACUCCGUUAACGCUCCCGCCCCCCUUUCUGUUGGGAUAUUUGUGGGGCACAACUGGGAGAAGCGAUGUUACGUGGUUGCUAUCCAUGGUAACUACAGUUGGAAACGUGCCAUGAAGAUUCACAAGGUUUUGAACAGCUUCCUGAUAAGAAAGCAGGUGACCGGAGUUUCUGUGACCGAGCUUAUACUUGAUAUCUACAGUGGUUACGGGGUUCCCAAUUCCAAGAAAUACAGUGAGCUGCUUCUCUGCAUGAAGGUCGACGAAUUUUAUUGAGAAAACAAGACCUGAAUAAUUGAAUGCAAAAACUGAUCUUUCAUUGAAAGAUUGAAGGCGAUCUAAGGAUCCAUGUUUAUUUAAUGACCCUGCUUUGAUGUGAUUUUGAGGAAAAAAGUAAAAGAGGAACGAAUUCGCUUAUUGUUUCAAAUGCUGGUGUAUGAGAAGAUUAAAGAUAUUUGAGAAUUUUGACACCAUAUUUAAUGUCAGUUAUACCACAGAUCAUUAUUUAAGAUCGAUAGAUACCAAGUUCGCAUGUGCUGCUUAAAGAUAUCACUUCAAGUGCACUAGAAGCCUUAUUUUCUUGCGUUCUUGAAUUCUUCUUGAUGACACUGAUAAGGGAUCGUUCAAAAGUUCAAAUAGGGGUCGUUCACAUAUUACGUAAUCAACCGAGGGGGAGGAGGGUUUUCAAAUGAUAACACUAGUGUAAUUUUGACACAAAUCACAAUAGCUAUGUGUAAAACUGAUUACGGAGGGGGAGGGGGUUGCAAAUUGUUCAUAAGGUGAUUACGUAAUAUGUGAACGACCCUAUAAGAAGGGUUACAGAGCUGUUCAAUACCGACUGUUGCUAACUUAAAGUAACAAUGUCGAUAGGGGAGGGGCCGCCGGGAUGCAGUCCAAUUUGGAAACAAGUCGCGACUUGAUAUGUGAACGAUACUUUAUUGAUGUCGAACAAUCACAAUUUCGAUCCCUCAAUAUUUUUAUUAUUUUAAAGAUAUUUCCAAAAAGUGCUUUAAAUUUACAAGCUUUAAGUACAGCAAACCAUACUCAGUGCUAUUAUUGAGUAUUUACAAUUUCUUCCAUUUUUAGGCGAAUUAAUUGAAUGUAGAGGAACUUUACCUUAGUGGUGUUGGUUCUACGGGCCAGUGCGCCCCGAUAUAAAUCAUGCUGACUGUUCCACGCUGACAGCUGUUGCUGAAAAGAGGAUGUUGGGCCGGUCUAAUUUGGGCAAAAAGGUUGCUGAUGUGAUAGUGUGAAGUGUGAAUGAAGUGUGAACAAUGAUGCUGAUGUUGAUAAAUAACAAUUUGAAUCCCAAUGUUUUUUACUCUCAAGACAUUUGUUAGAACUGCUUUAGUAACUUAUGAAGUAUUUAUAUAAGUAUAUAGCAAAGUAUAUUUAGUGGCCCUCACAGUUCUUUUCGCAAGAAUUUUCUUAAAAUUUGGGCGAGCGAUUUAGUAGGAGCGUAUCUUUGUAUUUCCAUAUUUGGUCUGAAAAUACGACAUUUUGUUAAUUCUACUGUUUCAUAAAACUAUUAAACUGUUAACUAUUAAAUCAAUUUUUGAUUAUCACAAAAUUA